AUGGUGGAGAUCUGUGGCAGCGUAGUUGACGAUGGCUCUCCAGCUGGGUCUGUCCAGUGCAAGUUCCUUCAGCAGCAGCUAGAGCCCUGCACAUCCAACCAAACCCCCUUCCUGGUACCUGCUGUCUCUGACUCCCUUCCUACUUUCCCAGCUAUUGGCUGUCGUUCUGUGGGACUCUGGGAAGGGCCGGGGUGCAGAUGUCAGCCUGAAGAACAGAUGCAGUGUCUGGAGAUGACCACGAAGCGGAAGCUGAUUGGCCGGCUGGUGCCGUGUCGUUGUUUCCGAGGCGAGGAGGAGGUGAUAUCGGUGUUGGACUAUUCCCACUGCAGCCUACAGCAGGUCCCCAAGGAGAUCUUCAGCUUUGAGAGGACUCUGGAGGAGCUCUAUCUCGAUGCCAACCAGAUAGAGGAACUACCCAAGCAACUGUUCAACUGCCAGGCCUUGAAGAAGCUGAGCAUGCCUGAUAAUGACCUGUCAAACCUGCCCACCACUAUUGCCAGUCUGGUCAACCUCAAAGAGCUGGACAUCAGUAAAAAUGGUAUCCAGGAGUUUCCAGAUAAUAUAAAAUGCUGUAAAGGUCUUUCUGUGGUUGAAGCCAGUGUCAAUCCCAUCGCCAAACUCCCAGAUGGUUUUACACAGCUUCUGAAUCUGACACAGCUCUUCUUGAACGAUGCCUUCCUCGAGUACCUGCCAGCUAACUUCGGCAGACUUUCUAAACUACGGAUUCUGGAGCUAAGAGAGAACCACCUGAAAACCAUGCCAAAGUCCAUCCACAGACUGUCCCAGUUGGAGAGGUUGGAUCUAGGUAGCAAUGAAUUCUCUGAACUGCCGGAGGUGUUGGAGCAAAUUCACAACUUGAAGGAGCUGUGGCUGGAUAACAACUCACUACAGUCCAUACCAGGGUCAAUAGGGAAGCUUCGUCAGUUGCGGUACUUGGACUUGGCUAAGAACCGCAUCGAGACGUUGGACACAGACAUUUCAGGCUGUGAGGCCUUAGAAGACCUGCUGCUGUCUUCCAACAUGCUGCAGCACCUCCCUGACUCUAUAGGAAUACUGAAGAAGCUGACAACACUGAAGGUAGAUGACAACCAGCUUACCUCACUGCCAAACACCAUUGGGAGUGCGAAGGCCAAGCAUGGUCUGUCCCUAUUGGAGGAGCUGGACUGUAGCUGUAAUGAGUUGGAGUCAUUGCCUCCCACCAUUGGCUACCUGCACAGCCUGAGGACAUUUGCUGCCGAUGAGAACUUCCUCACAGAGCUACCACGGGAGAUUGGAAACUGUAGGAAUGUGACAGUGAUGUCACUGCGUUCUAACAAACUGGAGUUCCUGCCUGAUGAAAUCGGACAGAUGACCAAACUACGAGUCCUUAACCUGAGUGACAACAGGUUAAAGAAUCUACCGUUUACCUUUACCAAGCUAAAGGACCUGGCAGCUCUGUGGCUCUCUGACAAUCAGUCCAAGGCGUUGAUCCCUCUGCAGACAGAGGCCCAUCCUGAAACCAAGCAAAGGGUUCUGACCAACUACAUGUUUCCCCAGCAACCACGACAUGACGAGGAUUACCAGUCAGACAGUGACAGUUUUAAUCCUACUCUGUGGGAGGAACAGAGGCAGCAGAGGAUGACUGUGGCCUUUGACUUUGAGGACAAGAAAGAAGAGGAGGACAACUCUGGGAAAGUUAAGGUGGAGAUUAACCUGAAGCGCUACCCAACACCCUAUCCUGAGGACCUGAAGAAUAUGGUGAAGUCCGUGCAAAGCCUUGUGGGUAAGAGUGUGCAUGGCAGCCAUGGGCACCAGCAUCAGCUAAGCACGGGCACUGCCACCUCGGCGGGAACCAACAUGGAGCACACACAUCUCAGCAAGGAACCGUAUGAGCCACCGUGGCCGCUGCCUCCUAAAGAGGUGACAGACAGAGAGAUGCAGGACUUCUCUCAGACCCAGCUGAUGGAUCAGGGAUCAAUCCAUAACUCCGGCAUUGACAUUCCCAAGAGGAAGGACAAAGAAGAGCUGACGGAGAGCUCUGAGGACUCUAUGGGUGGUUCUCCGAAUGACAUACGUAUCUCUGACAUGAGGCCAACCCUUGUGGAGCCACCCAUGUAUAAACCAAAGGUGGUGCUACUCGGCAAGGAUAAGAAAGAGUCUACAGAUGAGGAGGUCGAUAAGCUUCAUUGUUUAAAUCACAGCGGAUCUUCAGCCACAUAUUCUGACUACUCCCCUUCACAAGGCUCCUCUGGCUCCUCCAAUCCAUCAGCUAAUACUCACUCACAUGCACUUUCUCACACACUUUCACACACACCCGCCCUGCCAGCCCCCAGCAAAGAACAGGCCCCGCAGACACACUGGACCAACAGACUGGCCCAGUCUUUCCCCAAGCCCAUUGACUCCAAGCCCCUGCUGUCUCAGAGGGAAACCCCUCCAUCAGGAACCCUGCAGCAGCGUGGAGACCGGCGUCCUCUGAGUGAGCCUUUCGACUGGUCUGAGGCCCCUCACUACGACAACACAGGUUUUGAUGCUGAAGAAUCUCCUCUGGACACCCCAGCCCCUGGUGGUGGACAGGGAAACCCACCGCUUGGGUCUAAACCCCGCAGCCAGUCGACACAUGGGCGCCGCCCCCUCCUCAGACAGGAGCGAAUCGUUGGAGUUCCUCUGGAGUUGGACACCCAGACACUCCCAUUCCACAGCAACCAACGCUCCACCCCUGACAACGACCCCCAAUCCCAGGCUCCUACCCCUUCUCAGAACCCCUGGCAGAACUGGACUCGGACCCCGAGUCCAUUUGAGGACAGAACUGCUUUCCCUUCAAAGCUGGACCUGACACCCUCCUCCAGCCCCAACCCUGACCGGAAGGAGCUGGAGUCAAGAUUGGAACAGGGGCCUGGACCUUUACCUGGCAACUGGAGUUAUCAUGACAGUCAGAUCGAACAGACCCGAAAGGAAGGGCUGAGUGUCAGCGGAGGCAACAAGGUCACUGUGAUGAUGAAUAAGAGCUCGGAGCGGCUGUCCCCCAUGAUGAAAGAGAUGAGAUCCAAGUUCAAAAAGUCACAAAGCAUCGAUGAAAUUGACAUGGGCUCCUACAAGGUCUACAGCAUUCCUAUGGACAGCUACAGUUCAUCCAUCGAGCAACAAGCCAGUUUGGACCGCCCUGAGCUCCCUGGUUCAAUAGAACAGACUAGUAUGGCGCGGUCCCAGUCUGCGCCAAUGUUAGAUGAUGAUCUGGGCUUCCCAGGGAAUGCAACCAGCAACCAAAACCAGCCAGGACAGAAUCAGAAACCUGCUGUGCCACAAAAGGCCUACCACUUUGACCAGAACUAUAAUCCACAGGUGACCAUGGACCGUCGAGCCCCACCUCCUUUCCCGAACACGCCAGACUAUGUCAACCAAUCAGGGAAAGCCUUGGAGUACCAACCAGGGAAGACUUUACCCAAAGACCUGGUGAGCCCUCGUUACCGUGGAUAUCCACCACUGGAGAUGUUUUCCUUCCCCCAGCCGCCUGUCAGUCAAGAAGGCCCACCUUCACAGCAACAGCAGCCAAUCCCAUUGCAGCGUUCCAGGCCAGGGUUUCUGAGGAGAGCAGAUUCGCUAGUGAGCUCUACGGAACUGGCACUGUUCCGCAGAGUCCACGAAGCCCAGCAGGAGGCGCUGCAGGAUACGCAGUACAGACAGCAGGCUGACCCCCCACUCUAUGGACGAUCCUUGGCCUAUUCCACCCUCAUGGACCACUCUUCUGCCCUUACCAACAUGGCUGACAGCCAGCUGCUGCACAACAAGAGGAAUGGCCGUUACGAUGACGAUUACCCCACCUACCAGGAACAGAAGAAGCCCAUGAUUGGUUACCCGACCAAGAGCCUGACCCAGCGUCGCCCCCUGUCUGCUAGAAGCUAUAGUACAGAGACAUAUGGGGCAUCUCAGGUAGACAUCGAUUCGUCUGCCCGUCCAGUCUCAGCCCGUCCUACCAUGGCUGCCCUGCUGGAGAAGAUGCCUCCUGACUACACGCUAGCAACCUGCCCCGAGAAACCCACUGAUGACACCAUUAAAAUAAGACCGGUUGUACAACAGAAACCUGAUGACGUCACCUCCAAGAUGCCAGCUGAUUGGAGGCAGCAGCUGCUGAGGCACAUAGAGGCCAAACGAUUGGACAGGAGUGGUGUCCUAAAGCACAACACGCUCACCCUGGGCAUACUCUGCCAGGGCGGGGGUCACGGCCAGGGGCGCAGCAGCACUUUGAACUUUAACCUUUACAAUAACACUAAGCAUGAGCCCCCUGCUGGCCACUGGCUGCCACUACCUCCACCUCCGUCUUCUAAUGCUACCCCCUCUCAGCAGGGCACCAUGCUGGAUAAUGACCUGGAGGGGAUGCCAGUAAGCAGUCAGUGGGCUCCUUACUCUUUGGGUAGGAGAGAUGUCCCUCCUGACAACAUCAUGAAGAAGAGUGGCCACUCCCACAAUCCCUCUCACCAGUCACACAACACCAUGAUUGUAACGUCCUCUUCCUCCUCGGUCACGGCCCCUCACCGUGUGGUUGGGCAGCAGGGCUAUGAGAGUGGAAUGAUGAAUAAGGGGGGGCAAUACCAGCAAGGCAUGGCCCUGUCUGUCUCUCCCUCUGGGGGGACAGGUCAAUAUCAAGGCGCCCUGAGUCAAGGUAAUUGGUCCCUGCCGCUGGCGCUGCCCGCUCCCAGCCAGCCGUACCCCGGCAGCGGCGUGCCCAUGUCCCUCUCUCCCUCUGGAACCCAACCCCAGUACACCUCCCACCAGCCCUCCCUCCCUGCCACCAACCCCCAGUACCACAGCAACCAGGGGAUGGUCCAUAGCAACCAGGUUGGCAUGACAACCCAUACCAAUCCACGGCCUCAGAGCGCUCGUUGCCUCCUGCAGACCAAAGGGCAAAAGAGCAUGGAUGGGUUCCAGGAACAGCUUUGUGUGAGGAUAGAGAAGAACCCUGGUCUUGGUUUCAGUAUCUCCGGGGGCAUCAGUGGCCAGGGGAACCCCUUCAAACCCUCUGACAUGGGUAUCUUUGUUACUAGGGUACAGCAUGAUGGGCCCGCCGCCUCCGCCCUGCUGCCUGGAGACAAGAUACUGCAGGCUAACGGACAUAGUUUUUUACACAUGGAGCAUGAGACAGCCGUCUCUCUGCUGAAGAGUUUCCAGCGGACGGUGGACUUGGUGGUUCUGAGAGACAGCAGCACACGCUAA